UAAUUAGUACUGUGUUUACCGACUGUCCAAUGCGCCAUGAAGUGGCGCUGCCAUAUUGGGGUUUUUUUUUCGGGGUAGCGGUGGAGUUUCAAGCUGUGGUCGCUGCUUACGCAUACAGUGAUUGGUUUUUAACAGGGAGUCGCGUCUUUACUCAUAUUAUCUGGAAUACAACUGAACUCAAAGUCAGUCAGAGUUCGCGGAGUACGAAAGGUGCCGUAGGGUAAGGUGAAGAUGGUGGACCGGCUUGCGAACAGUGAGGCCAACUCCAAGCGAAUCGCUGUGGUGGAGAGCUGCUUUGGUGCUGCGGGCCAGCCACUGGCCAUCCCAGGCCGUGUGCUGAUUGGUGAGGGUGUCCUCACCAAACUCUGCCGCAAGAAGCCUAAGGCUCGACAGUUUUUCCUCUUCAAUGACAUCCUGGUCUAUGGCAACAUCGUCAUCCAGAAGAAGAAGUACAACAAGCAGCACAUCAUCCCUCUGGAGAGCGUCACCAUCGACACGGUGCCGGACGACGGUGACCUGCGCAAUGGAUGGCUCAUCAAGACGCCCACCAAAUCGUUUGCUGUGUAUGCCGCCACCGCCACUGAGAAGUCUGAGUGGAUGAACCACAUAGGGAAGUGCGUGGGAGACCUGCUGCUGAAAAGCGGCAAGGCCCCGACAGGUGAGCACGCCGCUGUCUGGGUGCCCGACUCGGAGGCGUCGGUUUGCAUGCGCUGCCAGAAGGUAAAGUUCACAACGGUCAGCCGCCGCCACCACUGCAGGAAAUGCGGCUUUGUGGUUUGCGGGCCAUGCUCAGAGAAGAAGUACCUCCUGCCCAGCCAGUCGUCCAAACCUGUUCGAGUCUGUGAGUACUGCUAUGUACAGCUGACGUCAGGAAGCUUCCCGCCAGACUCCAUCGGCCGGCUGGGGUCAAAGUUCAGCAGUAACAACCUGUCGGAUGAUGAGGAUGAAGAUGACAGCAGUGACUGAGGAGCGUCCAAGCCUUGCGAUGACCUGGCCCGCCCCUUCGUCGAGGAGGAAGUACUCCGCUGACUCUUUUAGUUUCUGUCUCCUCCCAGAUGAUCUCACCACGCUUGUUAAUUCACGUUGGAGUUCAGUCACAAACCAAGAUGUUCAACUUUUCCCUCUAGUAUCAGCAGGGAUCAGUAGGUUCCUGAACAUGGUGAUUUAAUCAUUGAAAAGUGGAAUUAACCAGGUGACCAGCAGAACUGUGGGGAAGAAGUCAGACAGUUCAUCGCUUCCACUCUCCUCAGUCCGUCCUUCUCUCUCGACUCCUAAUUAGGCUGCGAUUAGUCACUACAGAACACAAUAAUGCUAAUGAGAAACAUCCCCCCGACCUCCACUUAAUUUCAUCCUUGAGGAUUUCUUUUUCUAAUUUUUUUUUCAUGAACUACAGAAGGUGAUUGCUUGUAAUUUCUGCAGGGAAAAGCAAAUGUUUGAGCUCUAACCUUUAUCUCCUCUGUCCUUCAGGCAUUGUGCCAGACAGGGCUUUUUUCUAACAAACGUUUGCUCUUUUUCUGUUUUGUAAAUUUGUUUCCAGCUGAAGUAAAAAUCCUUUUUAUACAUAACAAAAUAUUACUCUACACCCAGAGCUUUUCUGGUUGCUUCUGACAAAUCAGCUAAAGCGCCCCCCACAGUGAUGAGUGUCUCUGUCAACACACUCGUGAGUUUUUUCAGCAGCUUCCUCAAACUAACACUACCGUCUGCCUAUACCAUCACGUAGUGCCUUGUAAAGAAGAACUUAGCUCAGCCUUCAGUAAGAAAAAGGUAUUUUGGUAAUGAAUCCAGGCAGCAAAAAACACAGGGACUCCAUGAUAGGUUGUCUCUGAAACACAUUACACAGGGUGGAGUUGUUUGGUUUGUGUGCUGCAAACAGAAGAGGGGGGAGAUUACCAAGCAGCUCCCACAGGAAGAGUCCGCUUUGGACUGCCAGACACAUGGAUGUCACUUCACCCAGCCAGUCUCUGGUACUCUAAUGAGAAAAGCUUGUUUAAAAGCUGGGUGCUGCUUUUCAGAUUGAGCUGCUAAAAGGCCGUUUUCCAUUGAGGGAACUCAACGAGCCAUAACACAAGAGCCUUCCAUAACCUGAACUCAAGGAACCUCACAGUGGGGCCUGCCUUGCGUUUCUAAGGCAACAGCACCUCAUCAAUAAAACAGGACAUUUAGUUAAGUGCAGAAAAAUUGGUCAAACAUUGCAUCAUUUUUCUACAGCGUUUAAUAGGAUAGAUUUUCACAUUUACAUGUUAUGAAUUUUGUGACCAUGAAAUAUUCAAUGAACCAAGACAGCAGGGUGGUGGAAGGAUGCAGCACAGUUACUGAGCUUGUUUAGGUUCUAGACAGAAAUGAAGCUGGUCUUGUGCUUCUCCAAAAAAAGUAAAUGUUGCACCUGCAAAAGAAACGGCCAUGCAAACGUGUCUGAGGGACUGUGGUGCAUGUUUUUUUUUUUGGUACAGCCCAGAGAAGCAUAAAUCCAGCUGUAGUGUAAAAAAAAAAAAAAAAAA